UUGAUUAGGGACCCGGAAGUGAGCGAGCGCCCCCUCUGAGCUAGCGGUUAGCUGUGGCUGUUUCCCUGCGAGAUGAAAACACGGAGGAGCCGGGAAACACGACAUUAACUGGUGUGGUCCAGUAACCAGCACGGGAGCCGGUGAACCUUAGUGACACGCCCCGCCCGCCUCGGCUGCCGUCGAGGCCGCUAAGCCAGCUCGCUUGUCAGCCAUCUGGCAGGAACUGUCGCUAGCAUUAUCUUUAGCAUUAGCCGCAGGUGACCGUUAGCAGGCAGUGCCCCCGGUGGUGGUGAUGGCCGCGGCCCGGAGAGGAUGUGCGGUGGCCGGGCUUCUCCUCCUGCUGCUGCUGGCUGGAUGCAACGCGAGGAUACACAAGCUCACCCUCCGGAAUGAAAGUCGUUCCACCAUCGACCUCAACAACUUCGGCUUCUUCGCCAACGGGACUCUGGACGUGAACCUGAUUUCCCUGCGCCUCUCCAACGAGCAGCUGGUGAACUACAGCACCCACCCGGUGGGUUUCACCCUCUCCAGGUCCCGUGUGAAUGGAGUCCUGUCCUACACACAAGAGGAGACGGAGAGAUGCCCGCUCACGACAGAAGAGGUGCCCAAUAGUGAUGAGCCUCUUGUUCUUUUCCUCAUCAAUAUCCACACCCUCAGUGUCACAGUGAAAGCUAUAGGUGAUCAAGACAACAUCUUGACAGCCAGGCUAAAGCCCCAAGAGCCUAAAGGUCCGAGGAAGAUCAGGCAGGCUCCUGUACCAGUGGAUCCCACAAUUAAACCAGCUACAACUGCAGAGAAUCCAGAUGGAGCUGCAAAGAAUCCCGAUGAAACUGCAAAGAAACCAGAUGGAGCUGCAAAGAAACCAGAUGGAGCUGCAAAGAAACCAGAUGGAGCUGCAAAGAAACCAGAUGGAGCUGCAAAGAAUCCAGAUGACAAGACAACCCAGGACAAAAUGGACAAGGCUGUGGAUCAGGAGAAGGAGGAGCAGACAAACUUGAAAGCAGCAGCAGAAGAUCCAGAAGAGGAGGACAAUGGAGUCGAUGUGAGAAAUCUGGGGAAGACCAAGCUACUGACUUUAGCUUUGGACAAAAUCAACGGCUCCUAUAACUUCAGUUUCCACUUGGUGAUUGGCCCACUGGCACAGGGGCUCUACAGCCUCAAAUUCCACUACUGCCAGAACAAGAUGCCGGGCUUUAAACUGCCCUACUCGUUCACUGUGGAAGUGAAGGAGAAGAACCUCGGCGGCUACCUGUCUGCAGCAGAAAUCCCCCUGUCCCGUCUGUACAUCUGUAUGGCUGGAGUGUUCUUCUGCGCUGCCAUGGUCUGGGUGUACACGCUCAUGAAGCACAGGUACAGCGUGUUUAAGAUACACUGGCUGAUGGCAGCACUGGCCUUCACCAAGGCCACGUCACUGGUUUUCCACAGUAUCAACUUUUACUUCAUCAACACCGAGGGGCAUCCAAUCGAAGGCUGGGCCGUCAUGUAUUACAUCACACAUCUGCUCAAAGGGGCUCUCCUCUUCAUCACACUGGCACUGAUCGGCACCGGCUGGGCCUUCGUGAAAUACAUCCUGUCCGACAAGGAGAAGAAGAUCUUCAUGAUCGUCAUCCCCCUGCAGGUUCUGGCUAACGUUGCCUACAUCAUCAUCGAGUCGACAGAGGAAGGCUCCAGUGAAUACUACCUGUGGAAGGAGAUCCUCUUUCUGGUUGACCUCAUCUGCUGUGGAGCCAUUCUCUUCCCCGUUGUCUGGUCGAUCCGUCAUCUCCAGGAAGCUUCCAGCAUCGACGGCAAAGCUGCUAUGAAUUUGGAGAAGCUCAAGCUCUUCCGGCAUUACUAUGUGAUGAUCGUGUGUUACAUCUACUUCACGAGGAUCAUAGCCAUCCUGCUCAAGGUCACCAUGCCUUUCCAGUGGCAGUGGUGCUACGAGUUUCUGGUAGAAGUGUCCACUCUGAUCUUUUUUGUGUUGACGGGCUACAAGUUCCGACCGGCCUCCAACAACCCGUACCUGCAGCUUCCCCAGGACGAGGAGGACAACGAGAUGGACGAAGUAGUGACUGAGUCCGGGGCUCUGGAGGGGAUUUCCAACGUGAAGAAGACGUCGAACGGGCGCGAGCGCCAGAGGGAGUCGACCUUGUGAGCGGGACGCCGCCUCUGUUGGAUGGACCCACUGAACACAUCCCCCGGGCCAGCCUGGCUUGAAGGGAUGCACAUGGACCAUGGCGCUCCACCCACGUUGACAGCUAUCACUUUGAAACUCCUGCGUCGUGGCAAGAGUUUAAAAAAAAAAAUGAAAGGGGCCGUGCUUCCAGAGAGGAGACGCGUCCAGUGUCUGGCUAUGCAAAGAAAAAAAGAAAAAUCAAACAAAACAAACAAAAAAAGACUUAACUCUCUGAACGGUUUCACCAGGCGACCAGCUCCUGCCACAUGAGGAGAUAUGGAAAUGAGCUGUGAUGUUCUUUACUGUUUCCAUCUCUCUUUCUCGCCUUUCUCUCUCUGUAUCCCCCCCCACCCCCAUCCCCCUUUCUCUAUCUCUCCCCAAAGAUAAUUAUCAUUUUAGAGAGAGAGACUUGCUUUCAGGUGUGUUUGUAUUGGCUAUUUAAACGGUACUUUUCCUGUUGGUGUGUGCUGUGAGUUCACGAGUGUGAAUGAGGGGGACACAGGAAUUGAACACGACCAUUCUUGUUUGGAGACAAUAGCCCGAAACUCAGGUAACAGGCUAAUCAGUAUAAAGUUAAAACAUACAUCGUGUUCCCCCCCGCAGCCAGGACUCACUAAUCGGUUAUUAUAUGGCUUCAGCACCGCACUCUACAGUAUGUUAGGUUUUUAUAUAUUUGAUUUGUAUAUUGAAAUAUAUAUAUUGAAAGGGUGUAAGCUGUUGUAUAUUUCAAUAUAUGGACUUAUUUGCAUAUUGAAAGGUUCUGUUUCAGUAUUAUUGUUUAUGCUGGCGAGGUGCGAGUCCGUCACGUGGACCGCUGCUGUAAAUUAGUGCUUUAGUGGUUGAGGUCGACUCAACGUGUGGACCUUGGGUCAGUUUCUUAAAUAACCAGAGCAGUGCCCCCCCCCCCCCCCCGUUCAACCACAGCCUUGUUUUCUUUUGAUGUUUGGCCGUUCUGUGCCGAUCUGCGCAGGGAGGGGACCUAACUGAUCACUUUUUAUUUCAUCUGCUUUUGGUUUUUACUCUUCUUUUUUUUCUGCUCUUGAUGUGAAGCUUGUUUUAUUAAUUAUUGACGACUUAUUGGUUCGUGAAAGAUCAGAAAACGUGUGCCGGGGAGGGGGGGGGGGGGGGUAGAUGGCCAUGUGUAAAUAAUUUGUUGAUACGAAAGCAGGCACAUAACACUUUGGUAAGAACUGCAUAGACGCUUUAUAGACGAGAGUUUUUGAUUCCUUUUAACAGACUUGGGGGGGGGGGGACUGGAGGAAUCGAUGAAAGACUACUGAGAUUUAACCACACUCCCUCACUCACUCACUCCUGCACAGGGGCGAGCGAGCUGCUCAGUGCUCGCAGACUGUCCUUGUGUCUCCAGGCUCCCGACGAUGAGACGUAACAAACCAAAUGAGAGGAGGAGGUGUUGUGCUUGUACAGGAAGCUGUUUGUGUGAACUGUCACAAUAAAGCUGGUGUUCUGGAAAGAUCUCAAGUCGAGUCGUUACAGGCACGUGUGUCUCGAA